AUGGGGACUAAGUUCGAAGAAUCGAAGGAGGUCGAUAAGCUAAAACAUAUUGGAGGAAAUUGGUGGAAUUUUUCAAGCUCAAGUAAUAAUUUGUCAAAUAAAAAUAGUGGCACUACCGAAGAAAGUAAUUGGCAGACUUUUUCUGUCUUAUAA